UAUACAUCACGGCCCCUCCCCGCUCACUCAUUGACCUGAACUCAUCGACUUCACCUGAACUCAGCCUCGUAAGAUUCUUCUGAUCGUCCCGAAGGGAAAUAAGGCAAAGAAAUGGGGAAUUGUCUGCUGUGGCUGUGUCUUGUCAUCUUCUCCACGCUCCUCGUCUCUACCUCUUGCGGACACGAAAUGCCCAUUUUCAGCAGAAUCGCCCGAGCCAAGAAACGAGGUAGGAGCAAAGGAUGCCCACGAGUGCAGCCCUUCCGAUGCCCAGAAGGGGGGCAAUGCAUUGCCAUCCAAUAUCUUUGUGAUGGAGCUCCGGAUUGCCCCGAUGCAUACGACGAAGAUCCCCGUCUUUGUACCGCCGCAAGGCGACCCCCAGUGGAGGAGACGGUGAGCUUUCUUCAGAGUCUCUUGGCGAGCCAUGGACCGAACUAUUUGGAGAAGCUUUUUGGUCCGAAGGCCCGAGAUGCUCUCAUGCCCCUCGGAGGUGUCCAAAAUGUCGCCAUCGCACUCUCAGAAUCGCAGACUAUCGAAGAUUUCGGGUCAACGUUGCAGUUGAUGAGCAGUGACAUCGAUCACCUGAAGAACGUGUUUAUGGCUGUGGAGAGUGGAGAUCUGGGGAUGCUGAAGGCUUUGGGGAUCCGGGAUUCCGAGAUCGGCGACGUGAAGUUCUUCCUCGAUCGACUCGUGAACACGGGAUUCCUCGAUUAAUAUACCCCCGGGCAGGCUCCCCAAUUUCCCCCCCUCCCCAAAUCAACUCUUCCUCUACGACUAUCCCUACUACGAAAAUGCACAGCUAUGUGUGCGUGUGUGUGCGUCCGAUGUCCGUUGCCAUCAUUCACUCGGGGGUCAAAAAAGUGGCUUCCGAUUGGCAUCGUAGUGUUUCUUUCUGCAGUGUCGUCCGUGCCCAUGUUGACUGAAAAGUAGAUCCGGAAAGAAAAAGAAGAAAGAAUGAGAGAGAGAGAAGAUAAGGGAAGGAGAAGAUAAGAGAAGGAGAAGAGAAAGAUGAUCAGAAAAAAAACUUAACAAAAAAAUCUUUAAUUAUAAAAAAAAAUUAGUUGGAAAGAGUUCACGAGAGAGGGGUGAACCCCAUUCGACGGCAAGAGUUUCAUUCCAGACAGUAAGUCGUUGCCUCUCGUAUCAGUGCACUGCAUCGUUCUCGGAGAUUCUCGGAAACGAACUUUUUGAGGUACGCCGAGAGACAGGAAUUUGGAGAGAAGAUCGUUCUAGUGGAUUCCCAAUCCCCUAUCUCGUCCCAACUUCCUCUUCACUAUCCAUCCUUCGUGGCUGGUUUCGCGAUAAAAGCAUUUUUCCCUCGUAGUUCUCGGAGCUUUGCAAAAAUUGCACGCUGUAGGUCUAGAUUCAUCUUUCCUCGUGUCGAUCAUUGAUUUAUUUCAGCAAUAAAGUUUAUCUUGGUCUUGG